GGAGCAUUCAAACCGUGCAGCUUAACAGGAAGAUAUGGCGCCAAGCAACGUACCAGCGGCCCUGCUCCUGCUCCUGCUGCUGGCUGCUUCCGGCCCUCUUCGUCCUAUGCUAUCCGGCGCAGCGCCGCUGGAGCCCGUAGCGGUCAGCCUCCUCGCCGGCGCACAGGAAAAGGGAGCAGUGUGCUUGGACGGUACCCCGCCGGGGUACCACCUGCAGAGAGGCUCUGGUGAUGGAUCCGGCAGCUGGCUCCUCCAUCUAGAGGGGGGAGGCUGGUGCAGCACACUCAAGGAUUGUUCUGGUCGCAGAAUGUCUGUUCUUGGUUCAUCAAACUUCAUGAAACCACUACAGUUCGCCGGUCAUGGGAUUUUUGACAGUGACGAGAUAUAUAAUCCUGAUUUCUACAACUGGAAUAAAGUCUAUGUGCGGUAUUGCGAUGGGGCGUCAUUUGCUGGGGAUGCAGAAGGUCAAGCGCAGGAUGGAACCACAGUUUACUUCAGAGGGUUGCGCAUCUAUGAAGCAGUUAUUGGCGAACUCAUGGAAAAAGGACUCGCCAAUGCCACACAGGUACUCUUUACAGGUUGUUCUGCCGGAGGUCUAGCCACGAUACUGCAUUGCGAUGAUUUUAGUGCACGGUUUCCACAGCAGGUUUCAGUUAAAUGCUUUGCGGAUGCUGGGUUUUUUCUUGAUGUCAGAAAGGAUAUUUCUGGAGAAAGGUCCUUUUGGUCUUUCUACAACCGAGUUGUGCAGCUCCAGAAUGUUAGACAAGUGUUGCACAAGGACUGCCUUGCCAACAAGGACCCAACCGAGUGUUUCUUCCCCACAGAGCUUAUUAAGAGCAUCCGCACCCCCAUGUUUAUUCUCAACUCUGCGUAUGAUUCAUGGCAGAUACAGAAUGUUCUCCUACCGAGUUCAUCUUCCCCUGAAAAGUCGUGGUUGAGUUGCAAGGACAAUAUCGGAAACUGCAAUUCAACCCAAAUUAAAGUUCUUGAUGAAAUCAGGAACACAAUGAUCAAUGAUUUGAAGGUCAUCAAUGAUAAGGCAGACUGGGGCAUGUUCAUUGAUUCAUGCUUCACUCACUGCCAAACGCUCUUUCGCAUCUCUUGGAGUUCACCAACAUCCCCAAGGCUGGGAAAUAAGAAUAUUGCAAAGGUUGUUGGAGAUUGGUACUUUGGAAGGAGCCAAGGAGUGAAAGAGAUUGACUGCGAGUAUCCAUGCAAUCCAACAUGCAAUAGUCUGCCACCACCAUGAUCUGUUACUACUCCCUCCUAUCCAUAUUAAUUGAUGCUGCUUUAGUAUUGUACCAAAGUAGCGUCAAUUAAUAUGGAUUGGAGGGGGUAUAUUGGAUUGUGUUGAUAUUUACUAUGUAAAGAUUCAAGACAAAAACACAAUCUUCAUAUUGGAUUGUGCAUCAAAGAGAAAAGCAAUGAUCACACAUAAUGAAAUUAAAUAUGGCAGAUGGGUUACAACA